AGCAGCUCGACGUUGGAAACAUGCUCGAUGUCAUAAUCGUUGCUCCUGGGGUACUCAAAAAGAUCUCUCCAAGCGGCGUCGAUAUAUCGCAACUCGAAGUCGAUGGUCGAUCACAUCGGAGUCGGAGCAAAUGGUGGCCGCGUAGUGGCCAGCGGCAGUGGCACGUAACUGGGUGCAUUGUGUUUUUCGCGAAGUGGAUUGCAUCUCCGAGUGCAUUUCAAUGGCAAUUUCGAACGAUGACGUGAUGAUGAAUAACAUGGCUCGCGUAGAGCGAAUCGUGGGCGACGAAUGCCGCAUCUGUCUCAAGUCGUGCACGGAAACGUGUCAGCUGUUUCGCAAUGGAAUAUCGGAGAAGCUGAUGGCAAUCGCCGCCGUGCAGGCGGAGGAGGGAGAUGGUCUUCCAGCUUCCAUCUGUUUAUCUUGCAACCAUCUGCUCGACAUGUCUUAUGACUUCAAAUGCCAGAUUCAGGAUUCCGAUCUGAAGCUACGUCAGAUCCUGAAAUCACAGAUUCAACCUAUGUUACAUGAUAAACACGCGAAAGAUGUUACAACAAUGGUGAAACAUAUAAUUACGAAUCUAUCCAAUGUAGCCUCCUGUGAUAAAGAUAAUCGUAUCGUGGAACAAAAAAUCUAUUCGCAUCACGAUAUGAUUACAUUCGAUAAUACCAUUCAAUCCGAUGCGAUAAUUAACAAUGAAUCUUGUAUACAUAACGAGUUUAUGCAGAAAACAGAGGAAAUUAUAGAAUCAAAUGGCAAAAAUAAUGCACAAUACGAUGUACUCAAAGAGAAUGUACAUAACACUGAAAUAAUAGAAGUAGCCUUAUGCCACGAGGCACGUAUGGAUGAUGCGCUUGAUAAUCGAUCAAAUAGAUUGUCCGACUCGACAACAGACGACAGACGCAUCAAGCAGGAACAGUUGAUAUUGUCCGAAGACAAUGAGACACCGGAAAGUUUAACGGACGAAAAUAGAGAAGACGCAUUAAAGGUCGAAGUUAAGAACGAUGCGUCGUCAUUUGAGGAUUUCAAUAAUCAUAAUGUUUCAAACUCUGCAAUGUUAGAAGCAGACAAGCAAAAUAUGAAAAACGUUAUGAAUUGCAGUGACGAUGAAGAGAAGCCACUAAUAAAUAGAACAAUCGGACACCACAGAUGUUUGCUUUGCAUGAGAUCAUUUUCGACGAAAGGAGCACUACAACGACAUAUGAUUGUGCACAAACACAAACAUAAACACAAGACAAAGCUGCGUUAUGUGUGUUAUGUGUGUGACAAACAAUUCUCGAGCAUUGCUAAGUUGAAAAGCCAUGUGCUUAACAGUCAUGAAAAUAAUACAGGGGAUGAUAAAAUAUCGCAAGAAAUUAAUGAAAAUAAAAAAAUUAAGACAUCGGCAAAAGUUACUAGAAGUGGCAACGUGUUGGACGGCACAAGAGAAGAGAAGAAAAGUUUUAAAUUUACAUGCAAAGUUUGCUCAAAGCAAUUCAUAUAUCAAAAGUCCUUUUUAUCUCAUGCUAAAACUCAUCCUGAAUAUAACGAAGAGACUUCGAAUGAUGUACUCGAUCAGCAUGUAAAUAAAACAACAAACGAGCAGAAGGAGAGGACACCAAGAGACACCUUCGGAGAAAAUGAAUCCGAAGAGGAAGAAGAAGAAGAGGACGACGAUGAUAGCGAUCUACCGAUCGAAAGUUUACAGUGCACACAGUGCGGUAAGCUUUUCGCUACAAAGAGAAACCUGAAGAGACACAUUUCGACGCAUAGCGGCUUGAAAUUCAAUUGCUCGACCUGCGGGAAAGGGUUCUCAAGAAUUGACAAACUAAAAGAUCACGAACAAUCGAAGCAUAAGGAGGAAAUAUUCGGGAACACUGACGAUGAGGAUGAUGACGAUGAGGAUAAUGAGAACAAAAUCAAUGAGAAUUCCGAGAGUCGGAAGAAGGACCGACACAACAGGCCGCAUAAAUGUGCGCUCUGUCCGAAGGCGUUUGCGCAGGCUCAAUCUCUGGCGAACCAUGUAGAGAGGCACAAACGAGUGAAGGACACACAGAAGCGAUUUCUCUGUGAGAAGUGCAGCAAGUGUUUUGCCCAGAGCGGUUCGCUGGUGGCGCAUAUGCGCACGCACACUGGCAUCAAACCGUACGUGUGUAACACGUGCAGCCGCGCUUUUACCAAGAGCACAUACUUGCAAUUGCAUUUGAGGACUCACAGCGGUGAGAAACCGUACAUUUGUCAAUAUUGUAGCAGGGCGUUCGCCCGAGCCAACACCCUGGCGCGACACAUCACCAUGCACACCGGUGAGGCCAAGUAUCAUUGCAACGUCUGCGCCAAGUCCUUCCGACGAUUGACCUCUCUGAACGAGCAUACGUACACGCAUACCGGUCAGCGACCAUAUGUGUGCAAGCUUUGUACCAAAAGCUACAAUAAUGCUGGAUCAUUGUACGCCCAUACGAAGAAGUGCAAAGCGCAGCAGUUAUCCGGCUCAACAACGGCCACGAUCGGUUUUGCGGUCUCUGCGACGGACAACACGCCGCAGCAGAACGAUACGCCCAUGCCCCAACUACUGAUCUACUCUCAGAGAAAAUUGGUAGAGGAAGCGACGGUAGGUCAAGUCGUAUCCACGCCGCAAUACAUGAUGGCGAAUGUGCACAAUCAGAAAACCGUGCCCGCUAACGUAAUUCAAUCGUUUACCGUAGAGGAUCCGAAUGUGUACAAUUCGAAACAAUUUAAGAAUCCGUACUACGCUAUCUAUCCGAACAUGUAACGAUAAUCAUAUCUGAUUGAUUCUUUUUUGAUUGCAUAUGCCCUUUUAAUCAAUUUGUUUCAUUUCUCUAUUCAUGUAAUUUUUAGAUGCUAAAAGAUAAUUAAAUCUCAA